CGAGCGCAGCGAUGGCGGCGGCGGCGGUUGGAGCUUCGCGCAAGAAAGAUGGAGGUCCUAACGUUAGGUUCUUGGAGUCGUCCGAAACAGUAGCGCAGUUCGAUGGCCUGAGGUUGUGGCUGGGCAAAAACUACAAGAAACAGACUGCCCCAAAUGACAUCAUCUGUAGACAAAUGACCAACUUCCAUACGUCGUCUUAGUUUGUACAGGCUGAUUCACCUUCAAACAAAACAUUGGCUGGUCUUGUGGUGCAACUGCUUCAGUUUCAGGAGGAUGCAUUUGGCAAGCAUGUCAACAAUCCUGCGUUAACUAAACUUCCAGCAAAAUGCUUCCUUGAUUUCAAGGCUGGGGGACCCUUGGGUCAUAUCCUAGGUGCUGCUUACAAAUUCAAGAGUGAACAGGGAUGGAGAAGAUUUGACUUGCAAAAUCCCUCCAGAAUGGAUCGUAAUGUAGAAAUGUUUAUGACUAUAGAAAAGACACUGGUGCAGAACAACUGUUUAGCAAGACCCAUGAUCUACCUCCUGCCUGACCUUGACCCAAAGAUGGCAAAUAAAUGUAAAGACAUUGUUAAAAGGCAUCAGGGAACGAUUACAGAAGACAAAUCGAAAGGCUCCCAUAUAAUUUAUCCUAUUCCCAGCUCUCUGGAUGAAGAGGAGUGGUUGAGACCUGUUAUGAAGCGAGAAAAGCAAGUCCUGGUCCAUUGGGGAAUGUUCCCAGACAGUUAUGACACUUGGAUGCCUGCCAGUGAAAUUGAAGCUGAAAUUGAGGAGCCACCAAUCCCUGAAAGGCCGUGGAAGGUGCAUGCCAAGUGGAUCCUGGAUACUGAUGUGUUCAAUGAGUGGAUGAACGAAGAGGAUUAUGAGGUUGAUGACAACACAAAACCUGUUAGCUACCGACAGCACGUUCCUAUCAGGACGGUAGCUGAAGAGGCCUCCCGUACACCAGAUAGGAAGGACAGAAAGUCAACAGCUGGGGCCAAGAAGAGGAAGCAUUCCCGUUCCCCUUCACCAAUAUCCACACCCACUGAGUCUAGGAAGAAGAGUGGAAAGAAAGGGCAGCCCACACCAUACCUGAAGAGGAGAGGGCAGAGAGAUGAAGAGGAGCAGGAAGACCUGACCAAAGAUAUGGAAGAUCCAACUCCUGUACCGAACGUAGAGGAAGUUAUUUUACCCAAAAAUGUGAACCCCAAGAAGGACAGUGAGCACACACCUGUGAAGGGAGGCACAAUUGCAGAUCUAGAUGAGCAAGAGGAUGAGCCGUUGUCUGCAGGAGGGAAGGAAGAUGAUGACAGUGCCAAUGCUAAAGGUGAUCACAUCCGGCCUGUGGACCAAGCAGAGGAUAAUGUCACUGAACAGACGCAUCACAUCAUCAUCCCCAGCUACUCAGCAUGGUUUGAUUACAACAGCAUACAUGAGAUUGAACGUCGUGCCUUGCCAGAAUUCUUCAAUGGGAAAAAUAAGUCCAAAAGCCCAGAAAUAUAUUUGGCAUACCGAAACUUUAUGAUUGACACCUAUCGGCUAAAUCCUCAGGAAUAUCUAACUAGUACAUCUUGUCGCAGAAAUUUAACUGGUGACGUUUGUGCGGUCAUGAGAGUUCAUGCAUUCCUGGAACAGUGGGGCCUUGUGAAUUACCAAGUGGACGCCGACAGUCGACCUCUGCCAAUGGGGCCUCCCCCAACCCCUCACUUCAAUGUUCUCGCAGAUACUCCGUCAGGCUUGGUACCGGUUCAUCUCAGAACCCCUCAAAUUCCUGCCUCUCAGCAGAUGUUGAACUUUCCAGAAAAGUCAAAGGACAAACCAGCUGACCUACAGAACUUUGGCCUGCGCACUGACAUGUACUCCAAGAAGGGUACCUUAGCAAAACAAAGUAAGGCCAGUGCAGCCAGGGACUGGACAGAUCAAGAAACUCUGCUGCUCCUGGAGGCUCUGGAAAUGUACAAAGAUGACUGGAAUAAAGUAUCUGAGCAUGUCGGGAGCCGCACUCAGGAUGAGUGCAUAUUGAACUUUCUGCGACUGCCCAUUGAGGACCCUUACUUGGAAGACACUGACUCCUCCCUUGGCCCCCUGGCCUUCCAGCCUGUUCCUUUCAGCCAAUCUGGGAAUCCUGUUAUGAGCACUGUGGCGUUCCUGGCCUCUGUUGUGGAUCCCCGAGUGGCUGCAGCUGCUGCCAAAGCUGCUUUGGAGGAAUUUUCCCAUGUGAGGGAAGAGGUGCCAGUUGAACUGGUGGAGGCUCAUGUAAAGAAAGUGCAAGAGAUGGCUCGGUCUUCUGGGAAAGUGGACCCUUCAUAUGGCCUGGAAAAUAGUGGCAUUGCAGGCACUGCUCCAGAGGAACCAGAGAAAACUGCAGAUGUUGAAGAGGAAAAGAUGGAAACUCAGGAAUCUGAAGGGCAAGAACCAGAAAAAGUGGAAAACAAAGAGGAGACUGAAGCAGCUUCCGAGAGUACAGAGAAGAUGCAAGUCUCAUCUCCCAAGGAGUUGGCAUUGGAAAAACCCAUGGAAGGGGAGCCAGCUAGCAUGGACAUUAAGCCAGUUGUAGCAGAUGAAAAAGACAAAGAGGAGAACAAGGAGAACAUCGACAUUAGUGGCAAAGACAAAGAGUUGGAUGUUGGGAAGAAAAAGCUAGAACAUCACAUUGGCGAAGGGAACAUCGUCACUGCUGCCGCUGCGGCUCUGGCUUCAGCUGCUACUAAGGCAAAGCACCUUGCAGCGGUGGAAGAGAGGAAGAUCAAGUCACUUGUUGCUCUUCUGGUGGAAACCCAAAUGAAGAAACUGGAGAUAAAACUUCGCCACUUUGAGGAAUUGGAAACCAUUAUGGACCGAGAGAGAGAAGCGCUGGAACAGCAGAGGCAGCAGCUGCUCACGGAGCGGCAGGCCUUCCACAUGGAACAGUUGAAAUAUGCUGAAAUGAGAGCCCGACAGCAGCUGGAACAGCAGCAUCAGCAGCAGCAGCAACAACAGCAGCAGCAGCAUUCGCAAAACACCCCCACCACCCCUGUUAUUCAACAACUGGGUUCUAUGGGAAUGAUGCAGCAAGGUCCAACACCACCACCACCUUAUCCAAUGAUGCACCAUCAGAUGCAGCAACAGCUAGGUCAGAUGUCAGCAGCUGGGACGAUGAUGCCAGGCCAACCCAUGGCGGGCCGUAUGAUGCCGAACCUGCAGCCGAACAUACCGUCAGGAGCACCCCCCCAUCAAAACCCAACUGUUGUACCAGCAGCAGCACAUGGUAAUAUGAUGGGCCCACGACCAGCAGCUGCAACCAAUGGCAUGUAUCCAGGCCCAGCUGUACAGCCAGAAAGUGUGGUGGUGCCCACAACAACAGCAAAAACUCCUGCAGCGCCGUAACCUGUAUGAAUGGAAUAUAACCACCUGAUACACUCAGGAGACUUAAACAGUGAAACCCAAGCAACCAUCUCCUAGACUCUGUCCAGCUACCUCCCUUCUUGAAGACACUGAAUUGCAAAUGCUUGCCUUCCCAUUUUAUUUUUGCUCCCCCUUUUUAUUGCAGUCAAGUUUUCUUUUUGGAGGACAAAAAUUUCUUUGGCAAAAAAAAAAAAUAAAAUACAUUGUAGUCACUUUUUCCAGAAACACCAUCAGGUUACUUGUCUACCUCCCUGUCUUUUGUGGGUUUCAUGGCAAAUGAUUGCUUCUACCCUACCUCCUUUGUGGUCUCCCUCAUUUGUCAGGGAAGUUCAUUCAUGAUAGUGUAUCCUCCAGUAGGCAGUUCUGUAAAUCUGCAGCAGUUUUCAGCUGGCAUGCAUAUGUAUCGGCUAUUGACUGGAAAGGCGGCGUUGUUGGAGGAGCAAAACCUUUCUGCCUGUCUAAUUUCAAUUUUAAUCAACUGAUGAAGUUUUAUGUAGGGACCUUCUCUUUAUUCCUCUCUCUCCCUCUCCCACUUUUCAGUUCCUGCCCCCACUUGAAAGCACUGUCUGGCCCUGGAGCACUCUACACAAAGGGUAUUACAAAAUACAAUUCUUAAGGUUAAAGAUUAAUCUACUGGUUCAAUCGGCAAUAUCUUGUUAGUUUACAAAACUAGCUAGUAAAGGAAUGCAUUUUGGUCUGGCCAUUGAUUUCCUAUGUUGACUUCUGGUUUAUAGUGGAGCUGUGGUUCACAGAGCAAACGUAUAACAGUGAUGUUAGAUUUCACAGAGGCCUUAUGAUUGGAGUACUCAUAUUUAGCUCAGGGCUGUGGCUUUUCUUCAGCAGUGAGGUGCUUGAAGGUCACUCCUAUACAGUUACCAUAUAGAGAACUACAUGCACUUCACUUUUUUUUCAAUUUUCGAAUUUACACAUACCAGAGAAAUCAGGUUCAUUAACAUGGAGUAUCAGACCUGGUGGGGGCCUACAGGUGAGAAAAGUGGGAUGGAAUCAGUCCACUUGGAGGGCCGCUCGUAUUUGGAUGAUUGAAUUGCUUAGUCUCCGAUUGCAGUAUGAUGUAUCACAGGAGUGUCUGAACUAUAUCCAUGGCUCAGGCAACUUGAUCCUAUCUGAGCUGAGGCUUCUAAAUCAAUGGUUAAAUUACUUGGGCUGGGAGAUUUGGAAAGGGCUGCUACAACAUUGUCCAAUGUUGGACAAAUCCCUAAUUGGAACAUUGAGAUCAUUCAUGUCUGCAACUUGAAAAUUUAAUGUUAACCUCUUUUUAAACUUGGUAUAGCCUCACAGCUUCAUGGUUAAAUGGAGGCGGAAAGCUUGGAUCCUCUUAGUAAAUCAGAGCUGAUUUGCCUUCUAUAUGUUCACUGAAACAGGAUAUUGGGACAAGUGUGGCAAUGAAAGACACAAGUUCAAUUGCUACAGGAAAGCCAAAAAUAUAAAUAACCUGUUUUUAUUGGAGAGUAACACUGAUUAGUGUGUAAUUGAACAAUAUGCUACGUAUGUCAAGAGAAAGUGCUGUAUACUCAACUGGUCAGGCAACAUCUGUGAAGGGAGAAAAAGAAUCAACGUUUCAGGUUUGUAACCUUUCAUCAGAACUGGAAAAUAUUACCAGAUUUUUUUUUAUGCUCAGAUUUCCAGAAUCUACAAUACCUUGCUUUUUGUAGCAUGUAUAUUCAGUUACAGGCAGUGAGCCAAGUAAUGCAGACCACCCACUGCUGCGGACAGAUCUGAUGAAACCACUGCUGAGAGAUCUAGUUAGUGCAGGAAGUCAUUGCAUGCUAUUAUUUCAUACACAAAGGACCAAGCACUUAGCCUUGUGGCACUGCUGCAUUGGAGAAUUGAACUUGAGCCUCAGCAAAUCUUACUUCUGCUGUUGCACUGGCUGGAAGGAUUUGGGCUUUGGUCUCAGCUGCUUCAUUCAGCAAAUAUCAGAGGAAGCAGCAUCGGGAUUUCUUAUUCUAUUCAAGCAUUCUGUAUUUUUCUCUAAGGUUGGGGAAAGUGUAAUGCCAUCUUUUGAUUACAUUGUUGGGCUACAGAGGAUCAUGAGCUAGAGUGGAUCAGUGGCUGCUGCUUCAAAGAGUUGGUCUUCAAGGAGAUCAUGGUUGGAAUCCUAGUUUUGACUUGUAUGUCAGCUGUGCUGUUCCAAAUAAAAGGCAUGAGGAAAUAGUUGAGGAAGAGGUAAUUUUAUUUUUAAUUUAAGAUUUAAAAAAUUCAGACUUGCUCUGACAGAAUUGCAGUUUUUGAUAAUUGAAAGAGCAGCAGUAGUCAUGUCUGUGAUGCAGUGUUUCUAACGUCUUGAUGAUGGCUGAAGUAUAAAGGUAUACCUGAAAGCAGCAUGUGCGUGGAUCCCAUGGUUGACAUUUAAUAUCUUCAUUCUUUUAUUUCCCAUUCUAUCUCCUUCCUCUCAGUUUAUAAGACAUUCAAUAAUUACACAAUUAUGCACCUUGAUUAUUUGUAAUUCCAUCAGUUAGUUUCCUUUAGUUUCAGGAGGUGUGUGCAUGCAUGUGGGUGUUCUUAAAACCUAGUAGAUUUGCUUUUCCAAUGCUGCUGAAUGCAGUGGCUUUGGAAGCAGUUUUUUUUGCUUUUCAUUCUCUUUCACAGCCCUGCCCAAGGCUCCUCUUAGUGGCAGGAUUAUAGCCACCAGUCUGCAGGCCUUUAACAAAUACAACUGGGGUCCAACAUUUUUUUUCACACAUGGUUCAAUGUGCACCUGAAUAUGCUUCCUACCAAUCCAUAAUAUAAUUUUAACAAUGCUUUCAGUCAUUCCUACUCUUUUGCUCUCUUCAAUGUGCCCUAUCCCCCAGUGACUUGGUAACUUAGCUGGGUGUUUACUUUGGGUGCACUAUUCUACCUGUGAAAUUUAAACCAAAAAAAAUCUCUGGGACUUUAUUAGAAUUUUUAUGUAUAUCUGGGCCAUUUGUUUUUGAAUUUGAAAUGCAUUGAUCAAAGGGAUAUGGACGUUUCAAAAAUGAGCCAUUGUUGCCUUUGUACUUGUGAUCAAGUGGUAGAAGUUUAAUAUUAAAAAGCAAUAGCUGGUUAAGAUA